AAAUUUCAAUAUCACCCCUUCUAGAGAAUAGAAAAGAGAGAGAAAUUAUAGGAAACUAUCCUUGGGAGGCCAGGGGUGUUUCCCUACUUAUUGGUUCCCCACGUUCCAUUAUUUACCUCUCUUUCCUCUCCCAAAAGUCCGGCAAAAACCCAACGUCUCAAGGUCCCUGCCACCCUCUCAUGGAAGACUACAACGGAUCGAGGCGAUAUGGGGAAGGGACGAUACAGAUGCAGAGCUAUUACGGACCACCACCAUCCAGACAACCCACUUCCUAUGAUCUCAGGUGCUACAGCUCCUCCUAUGCAGAGACCCAGAUGGGCAACAACAGAGACUUAAAGCUCAAGAAGGCAAAGAGCACUGCUGGGUCCUUUUCAAAGUCUUGGACUUUUGGUGACCGUGAGUUCCAGAGGAAGAAGAGGAUUGCUGGCUAUAAGAUGUAUUCUGUGGAGGGAAAAAUGAAGGGAUCCUUGAGGAGGAGCUUCAGGUGGCUUAAACAUAAGUACACCGAGGUGCUCUAUGGCUGGUAGUGAUUUUGCGGGCAUGGAAGUUUUCUUCUUUCUUACUGUAUGUUAAAAGUUGUGUUUGGCAUUCUCAAAUUCAGUGUCAUCAACAGAAUUUCUGAAUUUGUUGCUUGUGAUGACAAAGUCAUUAUUUGCGUUGUUCAAUGGACUAUAAUAGUAUAGACCAUAAUUUGCUCCUGGGGAUCUUCUCUCCGGCUUUAAAUUUGUUUGUUAGUCUUUUAUAGUUGUUGAUGCUGGUUUGAUCAAAAGCUAUUUAUGUCCUUUGAGAUUGGUGAGCAA